AUGGAGAUUUUGAAACGCAACUACGAACCCUUACACAUACCGAAAGGUGGUGGUGAGGAUGAAUAUGAAGACGAGAUGGACGUCGACAAUCAUGAAGCUGUAAACCAUGGUGAUGGUCAUCGAGGUGGAUUGGAAAAGCGGUUGGUUCGUGCUUUGGAUUUGAAUGGUGGAGAAUUAAAAUUGAAGCCUAUGGCAGAAGAUCGAAAUGUGUUGUUUGUAAAGCUUAAGUUGAAGAGUAUCGCGCUUCUAUGGUGGAAGAAAGUUGAAGAGCAGUGUGCUCGGCAACGGAAGCAAAAGAUCAACACAUGGGAUCGUAUGAAAUCCAAACAAUUCAAGAUGAGAUGGGGGUGGUCCAGCGAAGACUAUCACGUUCUUGGUGGAAAGAGAGAAGUUUCUAGCAGCCCAGAUACGGGUUGGCAAAGAGAUACUGUUGUUGUUCAUGGCGUCCAAAGUGAUGAAGAAGCCAAUCCAAGUACCCGAAUAGGUGGUAGGAACUUGGGUGCUGAUAAGAAUGAAAAGUGGAAGAAAAUAACACAAUUUCAUCCUCCAAACAGUGCUAUUGUCAAGGAUUCCAAGGCUGGAAGUACUUCACAAGCUCGAUGUUUCAAUUGCAGAGAGGCGGGGCAUAAAUCUUACGCUUGUCCACAAAGAAGAAUAAAUUUGGUAGGUGAUAAGAUCAACUUUCCAGAGCCCGUGUAUGAUGUUUAUAGCAAUGAAGAGGAAGUUAUUGAUCUCUCACCAGUUGAAGGAGAAUGUUUGUUGAUGUGCAACGUGAUUCUUGAUGGAGGAAGUAGUGAAAACAUUAUCUCAAAAGAGGCGGUAGAAAAAUUGAAGUUACCAAUUGAGAAGCAUGCUAAUCCCUACAAAGUUACAUGGUUUCGAAAGGGAAGCGAGGUACCAAUCACAUCAAUGUGUUUGGUUAAAUUCACUAUUGGUAAUACCAUUGAAGAUGAAUCUUGGUGUGAUGUUGUUCUCACAGACGCAUGUCAUAUCUUAUUGGGAAGACCAUGGUUGUUUGACAAAGACAUGAUGCAUUCUACUAAAGCUAACACUUAUUCAUUCUAUAAGGAUGGGAGAAAGUGGACUUUGCAGCCGCUUGAAGAAGGAUUCUGCCAUGUUCCUAAAGAUGAAGGGUUAAUGGAUGUUGAGGGAGCUUCGAAUAAAUUGGAAGAUGACAAUCUCCUAAAUUUAGAAAAGCCUCCUGUGUUUGACUAUUGUUUGGAAGAAGAUUGUGAAGUUUGUUUGGGAAUUGAGAAAGCUUUUGACAAGGUAUUUGGUGAGAGUAAACAAGCUGAAUCUAGUGUAAUCUUGAAGGCAGUGAAUCACGAAGAAGUUGGGUUUGAACUUUUGAAGCAACACAAUCAACCCAUGUUUGAAGGAAAGGUGAUUCAAGAAAUUCUUGAGGGAAUUGUUGGAGAUGAGAUGAAUUCCUUCGAAGGUGAUACUUAUGAGUAUGCUGAUUUUCUCGGGGUUGAUUCUUUUAAUUUGCAAACUACCAAGACCAUCAUUGACCUUGUCAGACUACUGGUUUUUGGCGUGAAGAGUUUUUGGGUUGAGAACUUGGCUGCAGAAGAUAUCUUGUACUGUUCCAGAAGGAUCAAAUAUUCUAAAUAUCUAUUUCUUUGGAGUGGGAAGGUUCAAUAUCAAGGCCAAAGUUCUAUGGAAAACUUAUCUAAGAGGAGGUUAUGUCUAGGCGGUUUUCACCAAACAAUUGGAAUUCCAGUAAGAAUUCUUCCCAACCCGAUGGAGUUGAUGCAAGAGCAUCUAUUAGACUUCCCUAAUCUAACUGGGCAUCAGCCAAUAAGGCUAAGUGUUUAA